CUUCAUUGUUACUUGCUCUUGUCUAGCCUUUGCUAUCGUCAUUGUCACUCAUUCUUAUCACUUUUACAAUCGUUACCAUGUUCUCUUCCUUAAUUCGUGUAACCUUAAUAGCAGGGGCAGCUGCUUCGCCAUUGAUACAGCCUCGCCAAUCAACUAUACCUGUUGGCACCGCCAUCUUCAGCUGCACUGUGCCCAACACGGUUGCGCUCACCUUUGACGAUGGUCCCUUCACAUACACAUCAUCCGUUCUUGAUCAGCUCGACGCGGCCGGUAUGAAGGGCACCUUCUUCAUGAACGGAAACAACUGGGGCAAUAUCUAUGACUACACUACUGUAGUGCAACGCGCCGUUGAAGGCGGUCACCAAGUCGCCAGCCAUACCUGGGCCCACCCGGACCUGGCGACACUCGAUGCUGCGGCUGUGACUUCGCAGAUGACCGAUCUCGAGACGGCGUUCCUCAGCAUCAUUGGAAAGUUCCCAACUUACAUGCGACCACCGUACUUCAGCUACACCGACGAAACCCUAGAGACGCUUGGUGGGCUGGGGUACCAUGUCAUCCACGCCGAUAUCGAUACGCAGGACUGGCAAUUCAACACUUUGGGUAAUACCACCAGUGUCGGUAUUUUUGAGGCUGGAUUGGACGCUGGCGGUGGUCUCACCCUUGCGCAUGAUGUGCACGAAAACACCGCCGUGACGCUGGUGCCCGCCAUGAUCGCCGCUGUUCAGUCGCGUGGACUCUCGGCGGUGACUGUUGGAGAGUGUCUCGGUGACGCCGCUGAAAAUUGCCAAUGGGGGUGGUGCGGUACUACCAGCGAUUACUGCGCGACUGGAUGCCAAUCCGCAUUUGGUAUCUGCUCUUAG